GGGGUGAAGGAGUGUGGGUGUAAGGAACGAAAAGGAAGGACAGGCAAGUGGAAGAAACCACCAUGAAGGAUGUCAACUGAAAACCCCGGGAAGUACUCGAGAAAAAAGAAAAGCGAGCGCGGCGCUAUUUUAGGAGAACGACUGGAACGAGGGGAACGAGCGGGCGCCAAAAAGUAACCGGGAUGAGUAGUGGCGGCCCCAAAGGAGCUUAACGCAGGGCCAUCAAUGGCACGAGAAAGUCAAGAGGCCGACCACCGCGAACACGCCACUUCUCCGUUGGAUGGAAGUAGGUCACUAGGUGGUAGUUCAGACCUUGGGACGAGGACAUGGGACGGCAGUCGAGGGCCGAUCGUCCCCACCGGAGGAACGAGGAUCUUAGGUUCACUAGUCCGUGGUGCGACUGCAGGGCAUCGGCAUCACAGCGACUCGUGCUGCAAUUGGCAAAGCGGAGACCACCUCGGCUCAAACAUCACUCCAUCCGACCCAAGGGAGGUCCUCGCCAGGGGGAGGGGGGGAUUCGGGUAUGACGGACAACAUCGCCAUCAGCCCGUACGGAGUCACUUGCACUGUGAACCGUGAACUCAGCUGAAAAAGCAUCGGGCAACUCCAGGAUUCAACUGCCAUGGCCAUACUCCAAAGAGGACAGAGGCCCGUGAACUA